CGUCACGGCGGGCCACGACGCACGCCAUCCAGCGAGGCAUCUGACACAGCUCUUUCUUGCGCGGGCGCCGUGGAUUCCCCGGCGUCUCCUGGCGGCCUUGAGGUCGCCACUCUGGCCGCUCUGGCCCGCCUGGCGUUGGGUGGGCGGCCGGUCUGCGCCCACAUGAGCCAGCGGCAUUAUGGCCGCAAUGGUCGUGGUCGGGGCCGGGACUUCGCCGGCCGUGCCCCACCCAAGAAGAAGGUCAAAAACCACAUCCCGGAAAGGUGGAAAGACUAUCUCCCAGUUGGACAGCGGAUGCCUGGGACUCGGUUCAUUGCUUUCAAAGUUCCUUUGCAAAAGAAAUUUGAAGCAAAGCUUAUGCCAGAAGAAUGCUUCUCUCCUUUGGAUCUUUUUCAUAAAAUCCACGAACAAAAUGAAGAACUUGGAUUGAUAAUUGAUUUAACAUAUACUCAGCGCUAUUAUAAAGCAGAGGAUUUGCCAGAAACUAUUUCUUACAUAAAAAUUCUUACAGUUGGCCAUCAGGUACCCAGUAAUGACACUAUUUUUAAGUUCAAGUGUGCAGUUAAAGAGUUUUUAAAGAAAAAUAAAGACAAUGACAAACUUAUUGGUGUCCAUUGCACCCAUGGCUUAAACAGGACUGGCUACCUCAUUUGCAGAUAUUUGAUUGAUGUAGAAGGCAUGAGGCCAGAUGAUGCAAUUGAAUUAUUCAACAGGUGCCGGGGGCACUGCAUAGAGCGGCAGAGCUACAUUGAAAACCUGCAGAACCGUCGGCUCAGAAAGAACCAGAAUGUUAGCACAUCGAGGUCAUGUGGUCUUGAAGACUCAGCACAUCUUAUGGAACACAUCCACAGCACUAACAAGCCUGUGAACCAAGGACCUCGGAACAACUGGCCUGGUGGCCGUCCACCACCUCCCUGGCAUUUUCAUACCCAGACCCAGAACUCACAGCAGUCAUUCAGAAAAUUUUCACAAAACCAGAGUGUUUACCAGAGAGGCCUUAUCCCUCCCCCUGGUCCGCCUGGAGAGGACUAUUCACACAGAAGAUUCUUCUGGAACGUGAAGCCAAACAGCAGUCAAGCAACCCAGAAUAAGAAGUGGACUUCUGGUGGUUACCAGAGACCUUUCUACCCAGCCUACUGGGGAUGGACCCAGUGAAGCCCACCUGGCUGGGCUCUUCUAGGGCCACCUGAGAUCAGAGCUGGACAGAAGACAGCUGGAUGGAUUUUAAUAAAAUCAGGUCAAAAGAAUUAAACAAAAUUUUAAAAUAUUUUUUAACUUUUUAAAAUCUUUUAUUAUUCCUUUAUGUAUAUUAAGUUUAAAGAUGAAUUGCAUUGGUGAUCAGUCCAGAACACUUCUCAUUACAGGCUUCAGCUUUUCUCAAAGAUUUCUGAAUGGAUAAAAACUAUUAUGAACUUGCAAAUUUUUUAAUUGCCUUUUAUUUUCCCCCGUAUAUUUCCUCUGCCCAUGCUUAUAAUAUUUAUGUGUAGGUCUAAAGAUUCAUAGUGUUUUACCAUGUUCUUUUACUAACACAGUUUUCAAGGGUAUCUUUUUUCCCUUACUGUUGAAAGUUUCUACUAAAAGUCUAGCCAGUAGACAAUUUCUUUGGCACGUACUCUCUUUACUUGUGGGACCCUGGUCAGUGGUCUUUCCUUGGUGGUCAGUGUUGGAAUGUGACCAGCUUCUUACUCAACUGCCAGGUUAGCCAUCUAACCCAGAGAAGUGUACAUUUUAAGGGACUGAUUGAUUGUUAAGUUGCACAAAAGGAAACUAACCGAUAACCAGAGUGCUGGUUAAAUAAUCAUUUCUCUGACAGGGUAACUGCCAACAACAGGGUAGAACUGUCCAGAAGGCUUGAAGACCUCUGUAGAUAGUAAAGGUCGAGCGGACUAGGAACGACCAUCCAUCCUUGGAUACCUGGGAAGACAGAGGGUGUUGCUGACCCUGAGGCCCUCUCCAGGAUCUGUCCAGUGGCCUCCCACACUGGAAUGGUGCUCUUCCUCUGGAACACACUUCAGGCUCCUUAGAGGUGCUAAUUACUUCACCUGUAGAACUCAGGAAGUUGCUCAUCAUAGUCCACAGCAAGUGUUUGGUGAAUGCCUGGGCAAUUUGACUUCUACCUUUAAAGCCUCUGAUUUUGAGGAUUUGUAAAACUGACCAACUAACACGCUCCACGUGGUAGUUACUUUCUCUCGUGUGUGUGAGCAUGUAGGGUCUGACCCUGAGGAAGUCCCAGCAGUUCUAUUCAGCCUGGCGCUAAUUUGCUUGGUCAAGUUGCUCUACACUCAUGUGAUGACUCUUAUUAUACUUGCCACAUUUAACAGAGUCAAAGUGCUUCUUGCUACAAGGCUCUCCUUGCAGAAUUCUUGCAGUGGAGGUUCAGCAUUGUAAGAAACUGGAGCAGACAAUUGUGAAGCCAAAGAGGGCAAAGCUGGAGCAGGUAGAGAGGUGCAUCCAGUCUUGAAGGUGUAAAGAAUGCCUUGGCAAGCAGCUUCUGUGGAGGACACUGCCAGCAGAGGCCAUUGCAUGGGCUCUGCCCCCUCAGGAACUGUUUCUGCCACCUAUCCUGCUCCUCUCUCUUUGGAUUACCGACACCUUGUUUAAAGCCUUGCUUGCCAUUGGAUAACUCACAGCUUGUAUUCUUACACAUACUGGUCUAGCUUCUGUCCAUGUCCCACUAUCCAAAGGCCUAGUGGAAAGAAGCAGCAGCUUCUUAAAAAGUUUCUAGUGUCUACGUAGUAUUUUUAAGUUAUAUUGUUAUUUUAAGGGCACACAUGAGUGCUUUCUCAGGUAGCUUUCCUGAGAUUACCAUGUAAAAGGCAUCUUCUGUGCUAUUCAGUUGUUAAGUCUCAGAGGUAGCCAGCUUAAGUAUUUUUGCCUUAUUCUAUGUAUUUCCCUCUAUUGUUUAAGUAAUACUCUUAGAGAUCACCACUUCUUGAUUUUCCAGUAUGUGAUGUGUGUUGAUGAAUUCUUCCCCUGGCACAUGAGGAGUUAGCGCUCAGCCUACUCACCGUACGGUUGUCUCCCAGCUUUUGAUGCAUUCCUGUUACUAGGUAAAUGUUAGUCUCAUGAGCCAUUGUGUUCAUGGUUGUGGGGUCUUUUCCGUCUUCCCCUUUCCUUCACAUUUUUGGCUCAUUCAUUUGGCCAUUUUCCGUUGAUACGUCAAAUUCAUUCUCCAUAUCUGAUACAUUAUAAACAGUCUUGGUGUGAAUGAUGUGCCCUUUGGUUUGACUCCUUCCCUGAAACUUCUUACAGGCAUUUUCCGUUUCUCAUAGUUCUGGAUGCUGGGAAAGAUGGAGUCGACAAGAAUUGGUUUUUGUAGAUGGCUGGUACCUCACUGUCUUCAUGUGCUCGCUCUUCUGUGUCCUACUACACCUCUCUUGCCACUCAAUCCCUCCCUCCCCUCCCUCCCUCCCUCCCUCUCUAUGAUGUGCUGAGACAGGCUCAGGUGCCAUGAGGCUGAGAUGCUCUCCAGUUCACUCUUCUCAAGGAUGUCAGUCAUUAGAUCAGGGCUCACCUUAGAGACCUUAUUUUUACGUAUUUGCCUCUUUAAAGACUUGGUCUCCAAAUGCAGUCAUAUUUGAUAUGCUGGGGCUUGGAGCUUUCACAUAGGAAUUUGAGGAAGCAGAGCUGAGUCCAAAGGAAGCACUCUGCCAGUUCAUUACACCUGGACAUAGCUCCUGACCUGGGUUCUCUUCCCUCUUGUCAUUCCUUAGAACCUUCUUCAAGUCUCCUGUUUCCCAGGGUACGACAUUCAUGACUGUAAUUUCCCAUUUGAUCAGUUAGGUCUUUCACUGGCUUCUCAGGGCUGGGUGGGAUGUAAGUGAUUUCAGAAUGCAUCUGUUUGAUUCUUUCUCUGCUCCUGUAGCUACAGUUGCAGGUGGGCUCUUCCAGUGCAUCUGUUCUGCUGUUCGGGAACUUCACUGCUGGCUGCUGAAAUCUCGUAUCUUCUAAUCUAGAGCCUUUGUCUGUGCCCUGUAAUUUUUCUCUUGAAGUCUUAGGGUCUUCUUUAUCUCAGAUGUCAUAAUGUGCUUUCUAUUGACAAUGAUAUACAUCAAGUGAGCCCUUUCAAUGUGGUAAAUUGCAAGAAAAAAAUUUUAAGGUUUAUUUAUGCACAUUAGUGUUCUGCCUAUGUGUAUGUGUGAGGGUGUCAGAUCCUCUGGAACUAGAGUUACAGACAGUAGUGAGCUGCCAUGUAGGUGCUGGGAUUUGAACCCGGGUCCUGGAACAGCAGCCAUUGCUCUUAACCACUGAGCCAUCUUAUUUAAUGCUAUUGUAUUAGCAUUAACCCCUAAUUCUAGGGCAACUUAUAGUUGGAUGUUGGAUUUCUUUCCUGAGACCGCUGAUUUAAUUAUAUAUUUAUAUUUUUAUUUAACCUUUUCACAUUAAUUUCUUUUUCUAGUAUUUUUUUUCUGAUAUAUUGGGCUGGAGAUGCUGGGAUUGAACCCAGGGUCUUGUGCAUGCUAGACAUGUACUCUAUUAUUGAGUUAUACCUCCAGUCCCCUUCUGAUCUGUAUGUCUAUAUGAUUUAUAUAAACAGUAAAAGAUAAAAGAAAAUUUUCUGAUAUAUAAAUAUAUUAUCUAUAUGCUUAAAAAAUAGACACAGGGUCUCAGUAUGUUGCUAGGGCUGGCCUUGAACUUUCAAGGCUUAAGCAGUCUUCCUGCCCUAAUUCUCCUGAGCAGGUGUUACUACAGGUACAGGCUCCCAUGCCCAGCUCUAAAUUUUAAUUUCUAAGAGUUAGCUCUUUUUGGGGGGGGGGGGGGGGAAGCCUGCAUUUUUUAUCUUAACUGUUACGUCUUUAAUAUACUCACAUUAUGAGGGGUCCCAUGUGAGAUCCUAAUUAAACAUUCUUUCCAGUUAAACUAACAGCUUUCCAGAAUUGUAUCCUGUAAACAGUUCAUGUGUGUUCCUUUCCUCUUGGAAGUGUCACAUGGCUUGUGGCCUUGGGUUCCACGUUCCUCUCCUUGUCAAGGCUCUCUGUAUCUGGCUGCAAGCUGACUUUUCAAGUCCUUCAGUGUGCACUGUGCACCCUCUGUCUGAAUGCUAGUCACUUUGUGGUUAUACUAGACCAUACACUCUGGCUGGGAUCUGUCCUGUGGUCUCUGAGCCAGCCAUUCAUGCUCAACUGGAGGAAUCACUAGUCCUUUCCCAAAGCCCUAUCCCCAAUGAAUACUCUCUUUCUAUACACUGUACCUUGUGUCGUUAUUUAAUUUAUAUAUCAUGCUACUCCAGGUUCUGUACCACCAUGUCAGAGUCCUGAACCCAUCCUGUUGACAGCUCCCCUUUAUGCAGAGACAGGCAGAUCUCUGAACUCAAGGCCAGCCUGGUCUACAGAGCAUGUUCCAGGAUAGCCAGAGCUACACAGAGAAACCCUGUCUUGAAAAACUAAAACCAAACCAAAGAUUCCCAAGCCAGUUAGGACGCCCGACUCUGGGCCUACAUGGUACCUCUAGAUCCACACCAGGUCCUCUUUUUAUAUUGUGACUCCACUGUCAAGUAAAGGGAAAGGCACACAGUAGGCAGUGGGAUCUGGCUGCCUGAGCUGCUGCUAGAGGGUCAGGUGAUGAUCCAGAAGGGUGGAAAAUCCACUCCCCCGGGGAGGAUAGAAGGAGCCCAGCAAGCAGACGCCCUUCCUGUCCUGCUGUGGACUACUUGCAUAAUUUCCAGAGAAAGUCCAGACUAAGACUGCCAUGCCAGGCUGCCUGAUGUCUUUUUGACUUACUAAAGCUGGGCAACACGUUGUAUUUCAGGGCUUUGUACCUUGCUUAAGACCUUCUUCUCACCACUGUGUUUAUAUACCUCAAAGAAGAUACCAGUGACUGAAUUCUUGCCUCGGGGUCUGCAUUCUAGAGGACCUCGGGUGUUUUAUAGAUACUGUAUCUGGCAGUCGUGAGCUCUUACAUUGUUUAACCUUAACAUGUGAUUAAUACACCUAGUCUCUUCUACUGACUUAUCACAAACACUUGGGACUUUUGAGAACGCCAAUAUCAGUUAUUGAAGAUAAUAAUUUAUCAGUAAUUAAGGUUUCAUUUGGGUUUAUAUUUGCAUAACAUGGGGAUUAAGAGUAUAUUCUAUUUAACGCACAAGAGCAGUUGUGAAUGUUUAUGCAACUCCAUCACAGCAUAACACUCUGCCAAGCCUUUUGAACCAACUUGCAUAUGCUAUAUCAUGGUCUCUCUCAUCUGUGGGAAGAGGGACCAAAGCUCUGAGAUGAUUUUUUUUUUUUUUUUUUUUUUUUUGGUUUUUCGAGACAGAGUUUCUCUGUGUAGCUUGGCGCCUUUCCUGGAACUUGCUUUGUAGACCAGGCUGGCCUCUAACUCACAGGAAUUCCCCUGCCUCUGCCUCCCGAGUGCUGGGAUUAAAGGCGUGGGCCACCACCGCCCAGCUGGGAUGACUUUUUAAAAAGAAAACUAAAAUGCAUUCCUUUCUAUAUGCACUUCAGUGCCUGCAGACAAAGGAAUAUACAACAGUCCCAAACUCCACCCUCCCAAUUCCCCCACUUUCACAGCUCCUCCCACCAACCCAGCCCCUGGCAGCCGCUGAUCUAAUUUCUUUCUCUUAUCUUUUCUAAAAUGCUGUGCAGGCAGAACUGGCAUAUGCACUUCUGGGUGGGGUUUCUUUCGUUUAGAUGCUGCUUUUGAGGUCUGAGCUACAGAAUGGAUCGGCUGGUCACUCUUUCCUCUGUUCCUGAGUUCCAUUAUAUGGUUGUCUUGAACAUUGCUUAUUCAUUGGCCAGCUAAAAGAUACUUAGGUUUUUAAUUUUAAACCUGCCAUAAACAUUUUAUGUAUAGAGUUUUAUGUGAACCUCUUUUCUUUUCCUUGGAGUGGGAUAGUGGGAUUGCUGCCUUGUAUGUUUAACUUUAUAAUAAACUGUCAAACUUUCCCAAA